GUAUCAGACAUUUAGCUACACUUGUAUAACACUAUCAUAUUCAUUUUACCGAAAAAAUUAUUUUUUUAAAAUUAUUUAUUUAAAAAGAAAUAUUGAUUAAUUAUUGAAAAUGGAUGGUGAUAUCUGGAGUCAGAUGGCCGUUGAGGCCUCUCAAGUGUAUUUAACAGACGGUACAACAGCUCGAAGUCCUUUUGCAGGAACGACCAUCGAAAAAUUACCCGACAAAGUCUUAUUAAACAUCUUCAGUUAUUUAUCACAUCGGGAAAUAUGUCAAAUGGCCAAAGUAUGCCGUAAAUGGCGUCUAAUUGCAUACGAUACACGUUUAUGGCAGAAUGUCUCAUUACGUCCAGAAAUAUCCGGUUUACAUGUUGGAUCACUGGAAUCUUUGUUAGCAUUGAUAAGUGUACGUUUUGGACCCUCGUUACGUUACAUUGAACUCCCGAUUGAAUUAAUUACGCACAACGUAUUGCAUGAACUUGCAAGUAAAUGUCCAAAUUUAACGCAUAUGUUAUUGGAUUUUUCCACUGCUAUGCAGUUACACGACUUCAGUGAAAUGCAAGCUUUUCCGGCAAGAUUGAAAUAUUUGUGUAUAUGUUUGUCGGAAGUCAUCUUUAUGGAAGGUUUUAUGCGAAAAAUUUAUAAUUUUAUUAAUGGACUGGAAAUUUUACAUUUGAUUGGAACAUAUGAGAAAAUUGAAGAAGAAGAAGAGGAAAUUUAUGAGGUUAUCAACGUGCAUAAGUUAAAAUCGGCAACACCGAAUUUACGUGUUAUUAACUUGUAUGGUAUUAAUUUUGUGGAUGACAGUCACAUCGAUGCGUUUAGUUCAAAUUGUAUUCAGCUGGAAUGUUUAGCAGUAAAUUAUUGUGCAAAAGUAACUGGUUCUACAAUGAAAACAUUAUUCCAAAGAAGUCGAAGAUUACGAUGUUUAUUAAUGAAUGGAACAAAUUUGAAAAGUGAAUAUGUAAUGGAAGUUGAAUGGGAAAAAUCAUCCGUUCAAGAAUUGGAUAUCACAGCCACCGAUGUAUCCACGGAGUGUUUAAUUGAUAUGUUAACUCGAAUACCAAAUUUAAGAUUUUUGAGUGCUGGUCAAUUGAAUGGAAUGAACGAUUCUGUUUUGAAAGCGUGGAUUGAAAGUGGCACAGCUAAAAAUUUAGUGUCUCUAGACUUGGAUAGUUCAGACAAUUUAACAGACGAAGCAUUAUAUAAAUUUUUAUCGCGAUAUGGACAUCAAUUGUGGGGUCUAAGUUUAGCUGGAAUGUCACAUAUUACGGAUCAAUUGUGGCAAGGAAUUUUACCAAUUCUUACAAAUGCCAAAAUAUUAAUUAUGGGAACACAAGAACGUUUAGGUGUAAAUAUUUUAGUGGAUCAAUUGAUGGAUGGAAUUUCAAAUAAUUGUGUAAAUUUGGAACGUAUUGAGUUACGAUGGGAUCCAGAUAAUUUACGUUUCUCUGAUAAAAGUCAAAAAGCCAUUGAUUUUAUUCGUGUUAAAUGUUUGAAAUUACGAUGCCUAGUUUUAAGUGAUGGUCGUUAUUAUGAAGUAGUGAAAGCAAAUUUUGAACGUGCUGACAGAAUGACAGUGGUGCGAACAAUUACAAACUGUCGAGUCUCUUGCUACUACUUAUUAUCCAAUUACAAAGAAUUAAUAUUCAAUUAAAUAAUUGGAAUUUUGGAAAAAUAAAGAAUUACA